AUGUCUUCAAACAACAUUCGUAGCGGAAGACAACAGACGAGUGAUACCUCCGGCAAUCGGAAUAAACCGAAGAGCACAGAAGACAAAAAUGUACCUAUAACUAGAAAAAGAACCGAAAGUCCUCGCGGUGGCAAGGAAAAGGUAAAUCUCCCAACUCGCAAGGGGUCAGCUUCUAAGCGAUUGGCACCGUCCUCAGAGACAAUAGCCAGUCAAGCGGUCAUACUGCUAGGUAGUAAUACCGGUGUAGUAACGGUAGGAAGGACAAGAACUCCCCCUAACGUCCUCGAAAUAUACGGUACGCUAGGGCAGGUUGUAGUAAAUCGACUCUAUUGUUCGAUGCUCGAAUACAAUAGCCGACACUGUAAACCUGCUGCCUUAAGUUUCGUUCCAAAACAACCAAGAACUUUUGAUUUACAUUGUGAUAAAACUAUAGCAUCAGAGGUACGUCGAGAAAUAUUGCCUCGGGGCUCGGAGCUUGAGUGUUUUGUGAUCAAAGAAAUCGAAGGUUUAGGGCUCAAAGAUAAUCAUUAUACUUUCCAGCUUGAGGAACAAAGCUCUACUGUGAAGCUUCCCAGAGUCUUGGAGCUGAGCCAAAGCAAAAGGGACGAACUAGGAAGGGCUACUGUUAAUCAACUGAUUUGGCUUUCCAAGCAACCUAAAAUUAUUUAUCUGAUGGAUUACUUUUCCAUAAAUGGGAGAGAAUUUGAUCCAAACACAUACAAAAAGCAAGUGAAGAAGAAUGGAUGCCGGAUCGUUGAAUCGUAUGGGAUCGAGAGUGGGUAUAUCUCAAAGGAUACAGCUUCAGACGACCUUGUUACCGCUUUCAGGAGUAUUUUACCAUCGGAGUCUGAAACGCUGAUAUUAGAUUGCUCCCUUGCCAUCGUACUUGCGUUUGUCUUGGCUUAUAAUCAGGUUCUAGGACCCAAGAAACUAUGGAGUUUGCUCCAUGAAUCUGACUCCCGGAAGUCACCAAAGCAACGCAUCCGGAUUACUUUCGAUUCUGUUGAUUUUAUGACCUGGACGCAAUGCAAUUACAUACGAUCUUCUACUUGGAAGUGGAACGUGGGAGAUCUGGUCUACAUUCAAGGCCCACGUUAUGGUUUCGCUUUCAAGCCUACUUCUGUUUCUAAUGGCUUCAAUGCAUUGGUAUCUAACACCGCACCUUUAAGAUUUAGAUCAUUUAGAUCAUAUGGACAGAUGGAUAUGGAUAAAUCUCUGGAGGAGUACAGAGACGCCAUGAUGAAAGCCUUCAAAAAGCCUCUCUCACAUCGAGAUAUCUCUGACAUAUGGCACAAUCUGCAAGAACAUCCUACAGACCUUUGCGGCGCAGGAAAAUCGCCCAUUACAUGGAAUGAAGUAUGGGUUUCUUUAGAGGGUGCUUAUCGAAAAGGUAUUUUAGAGGAAGCAGUAGAUGCAGCCCUAAAAGCAUGUAAUAUAGGGGGCCAUACGCCAAAGCGAAAUUCUACGCCUGAAAUUCUGGUCCCACCGCAAUAUUGCGAGCAAUACGUUGGGUUGACUACAGUACAGCGAAUGUAUCCUGACAAUGUUUUAUUUAAAUGA